CCUCCCGCUGCUCCAGCCGUGGUUGCCUGGCGACUGAGCCCCCGGUCCCCGAUAGUCCGGCGCAUCAAGGGUGUCCAGCAGCGCACGUAGGGGUUGGACAUUGGGCUUCAGCUUCUGGGGCUCAGAAGGCCCCCAGAACUCCGGAGGUCCCUGGAUGAGAAAGAGCUGACAGCAGCUGAGUCCCACCUUCUCUGUGUGCUGGGGAGCAGGGCUGCACGGCCCCGGUGGCACCCAUGCCGAAGAACAGCAAGGUGACCCAACGUGAGCACAGCAAUGAACAUGUCACCGAGUCAGUGGCUGACCUGCUGGCCCUUGAGGAGCCUGUGGACUAUAAGCAGAGUGUACUGAAUGUGUCCGGUGAGGCAGGUGGCAAGCAGAAGGCAGCGGAGGAGGAGCUGGACGCAGAGGACCGACCAGCCUGGAAUAGCAAGCUGCAGUACAUCCUGGCCCAGAUCGGCUUCUCCGUGGGCCUCGGCAACAUCUGGAGAUUCCCCUACCUGUGCCAGAAAAAUGGAGGAGGUGCCUACCUGGUGCCCUACCUGGUGCUGCUGAUCAUUAUUGGCAUCCCCCUCUUCUUCCUGGAGCUGGCUGUGGGCCAAAGGAUCCGUCGCGGCAGCAUUGGUGUGUGGCACUACGUGUGUCCCCGCCUGGGGGGCAUUGGCUUUUCCAGCUGCAUUGUGUGCCUCUUUGUUGGGCUGUAUUAUAACGUGAUCAUCGGAUGGAGCAUCUUCUACUUCUUCAAGUCCUUCCAGUACCCACUGCCCUGGAGCGAAUGUCCUGUCAUCAGGAAUGGGACCGUGGCAGUGGUGGAGGCAGAAUGUGAGAAGAGCUCGGCCACCACCUACUUCUGGUACCGAGAGGCCUUGGAUAUCUCCAACUCCAUCUCUGAGAGCGGGGGCCUCAACUGGAAGAUGACGCUGUGCCUUCUCGUGGCCUGGAGCAUUGUGGGCAUGGCUGUGGUCAAGGGGAUCCAGUCCUCAGGGAAGGUGAUGUAUUUCAGCUCCCUCUUCCCCUACGUGGUGCUGGCCUGCUUUCUGGUCCGAGGGCUGCUGCUGCGAGGAGCAGUCGAUGGCAUCCUACACAUGUUCACUCCCAAGCUGGACAAGAUGCUGGAUCCCCAGGUGUGGCGGGAAGCAGCCACACAGGUCUUCUUUGCCCUGGGGCUGGGUUUCGGUGGGGUCAUCGCCUUCUCCAGCUACAACAAGCAGGACAACAACUGCCACUUUGAUGCUGCUCUGGUGUCCUUCAUCAACUUCUUCACCUCGGUGUUGGCCACCCUCGUGGUGUUUGCUGUGCUGGGCUUCAAGGCCAACAUCAUGAAUGAAAAGUGUGUGGUCGAGAAUGCUGAGAAAAUCUUAGGGUACCUCAACUCCAACGUCCUGAGCCGGGACCUCAUCCCGCCUCACGUCAACUUCUCCCACCUGACCACCAAGGACUAUGCGGAGAUGUACAACGUCAUCAUGACCGUGAAGGAGGACCGGUUCUCAGCCCUGGGCCUAGAUCCCUGCCUCCUGGAAGAUGAGUUGGACAAGUCCGUGCAGGGCACAGGCCUGGCCUUCAUCGCCUUCACGGAGGCCAUGACGCACUUCCCCGCCUCCCCAUUCUGGUCCGUCAUGUUCUUCCUGAUGCUUAUCAACCUGGGCCUGGGCAGCAUGAUUGGGACCAUGGCGGGCAUCACCACGCCCAUCAUUGACACAUUCAAGGUGCCUAAGGAGAUAUUUACAGUGGGCUGCUGUGUCUUUGCAUUCUUCGUGGGGCUGUUGUUCGUCCAGCGCUCCGGAAACUACUUUGUCACCAUGUUUGAUGACUACUCGGCCACCCUGCCACUCACCGUCAUCGUCAUCCUUGAGAACAUCGCUGUGGCUUGGAUCUAUGGAACCAAGAAGUUCAUGCAGGAGCUGACAGAGAUGCUGGGCUUCCGACCCUACCGCUUCUAUUUCUACAUGUGGAAGUUUGUGUCUCCACUGUGCAUGGCUGUGCUCACCACGGCCAGUAUCAUCCAGCUGGGGGUGACACCCCCGGGCUACAGCGCCUGGAUCAAGGAGGAGGCUGCAGAACGCUACCUGUAUUUCCCCAACUGGGCCAUGGCACUUCUGAUCACCCUCAUCGUUGUGGCAACCCUGCCCAUCCCUGUGGUGUUCGUCCUGCGGCACUUCCACCUGCUCUCCGAUGGCUCCAACACCCUCUCUGUGUCCUACAAGAAGGGCCGCAUGAUGAAGGAUGUCUCCAACCUGGAGGAGAACGAUGAGACCCGCUUCAUCCUCAGCAAGGUGCCCAGCGAGGCACCCUCCCCCAUGCCCACCCACCGCUCCUACCUGGGGCCUGGCAGCACAUCACCCCUGGAGAGCAGUGGCAACCCCAAUGGACGCUAUGGAAGCGGCUACCUCCUGGCCAGCACCCCUGAGUCAGAGCUGUGACCACUGCCCCAACCCUGCCCACCUCUCCCACCACGCCCAACCUGCCCACUGGUCUGGGCCUGGCCUCUUCCUUCACAGUGGCCACCAGCCCCAGGCCAGCCCCUCUGCCCAAGGAGAGAGGGUCACAUCCUGCCUCAUUCCCAUCCCAAUCCUGGUAGACUCUGCUCCCUAGCCCUGAUCAGGGAGCUGGGAGCAGCACUGUCCCCCAAUCCAUCUAACCCUUAGAAUCUUUCACCAAAUUGCAGCCAUGUAACCAGAACAAUCAAGAUGUCCUGAUUCCCAGUUCAGAGAAGAUUCCAAAUGGCUACUUUGGAGGUCAUUCCAUCCUCCUCUCUCCUUGCAACCUGCCACCUGAAGUUCUGGGGUGUGGGAGAGGGUCCCCCUGUACUAUCAGGUGGUGGUGGGGAGAGGCCUCAGGGCCUGGGGGCAGAGUGUGCCAUAAGAACAGGACUCACCCUCCUGCCCAACCCAGACUGUCUGCUGCUGGGCCAAGAGGCUGCCUGAUUAAAGGCUGGGUUGGAGGACAGGUGUGCCAGGAGUGUGCAGAAGCUCCCAAGACCUGUUUUGUGAGGAAGGUGGUACCCCUAGCUUGAACAAGAAUCUUGGCACCAAAGGGGACUUGUUGGCCCCUGGCUCUAGUUAGAAACUUUGGAUGUCCUUGCCCCUGCCUAGGGCAGGUGGGGUAUGCUCCUGCAUUCUGCCUGGGUGGGCAAUGACAAGGUUCAGAACCUCCCCACCUCCAUUAGGGCUUAGCCAUCUCCCACCCCUUCCAUCCAACCUGAAGCCCAGGGUGGUGGCCUCUGCCUUCUUUCUCCAAAGAGAAGGGGACAGUGCAAGGUAAAGUUUCCAGAGCACAGCUUGAUGGUUCUCAGCACAAUUUGAUGGUUUGGAGCACAAUUGUGAAGCACACGCCCUCUCCCCUCACCUGGGGCCCAAUUUUCUCUCUAGUGGCAGCUUCUCCCCUGGAAUGGGCAUCCCUGUAGUUCAGGAGCUCACUCCCAGGAAGUCUUGUUCCUGGAGAAAGACAGAUAAUUUUACUGCCCUUUUUGGGCCACCACUCACCCUCCUCGUUGCACAAGCACAGCCACCAGUGUUGCACGUUGUAUGCAGACACCUUGGAAAUCCUGCCCAAACUUUCCUGGCCUGUGGUGGGCAGCGCUCUUGGCAAUGCCGUGGACAUUGGAGGCUGCCAAGGGCAAAGUGGAGCUCUGUCAUGCGGCCUAGUGCCUGAAAGAGGCUACAGCUGAUGGCAGCAAGCCCACCCUUACCUUCAAGCCUCCCCUGCAAGACGGGCUGCCUGUGAGGAUCAGAACCAGAUCCUGAAUAAAUGUCUGCAGAGAGAUGGAUGGAUAGGUGUACAGAGGGAUGGACAGAUGGAUGGAUGAGUGGAUGAAUGGAUGGAUCAGUGGAUGGAUAGAAGUCAGUCAGGCUUCAUGUCAGCACUCGGGGGGGACAGAGAUGGAGCAGGCUACAGUCCUAGGCUUGGGCAUCUUCAUAGAGGGUGCCAAGUCCCUCGUGUGACCCCGAAUACUCUCAGCACUGGGAGGGACAGACUAAGCCCAGGUCCCUUCCUUUACCCCUGAGUCCUCUGCUGCCACGCUCUCCCAGCCUGCCAUUCCCCUUACUCAACCCUCCCCGACAUCUUCCUCAUUUCUAGCCCUCUCAGCUCCACCUGUCCUUCCUGAGUGUUUGAGAGGAAAGGGAGACCCAUAUUUCCCCAAAGAGAGGCCCUCUCACCUGACAACACCUCCUACCUGGCUCCAUGCCUGAUCCCAAGCGGAAUUAGCAACAGGAAAAGCAAGGCCCCAGGAGAGACUCUGCGCUGUCUAUACUGUUCUAUAUGCUAUUUCUAUUGUACAUUCAAUCUGUACAUGUGGGUGUAAAUGCUGUGAAAUGACAAACCCAAUAUUAUACUGUGGCUGGUGGACUAUUUUCAUCCUCAGUGCUGUACAGAUCUAUUUUCAUUGUAUAUUUGAUAUAUUUUUAAUUUUGUAGCAUGGCUGGGCCAGGCCCCAGCCCGCGUGCCUGCGGGAGGAGGCUGCGCUGGGGCUGUCUGCUUGCUCAUUGUGGGCUCAGUAGUGUUCAUCGUAGACUUGUGCUGUGGGCUGGGCCCUGGCCUGGCAGUGUCUUUGCUGUGUUAGAUGUCAGGCGUAGGGCCCAGAGCUUGGUUGUGUGUGUAUGUGUGGUAUAUGUGUGUGUGUGUGUGGUAUGUGUGCACAUGCGUGGGUGUGGGUGUUUGUAGGGUGCUGACUUGUGACCCUUAGUGUUCGCCAUACUCCUGAAGACCAUGCUGCCCUCUUCUUCCUCCUCUCAGCUCUCAGCAAGGCCUCAGGACAAGUGCCCCAGAAAGCUUCGGCUUGGGCUUUGAUGGUUGCCUUCACAUCUCUGGUGGGAGGCAGGGGGA